AUGGAAAAUGCAAGAAGUAAUGAUGCAAGUGAAUUUUUCGAGGCCCAAAUAAGCCAUAUGGAACAAAUGCUAGCAGCCUUAACAGAAUCUUUGAGGCAACAACCUUUACCCCCACAACUUCCACCGGUACAAGUUGAACUGGAUAACAAUGACAUCAUCAAUUUAACUCAGAAGUUCAUGAAGAUGAAAGCGCCGACUUUCUUGGGUGGUAUUGAACCCUUAAAGGCAGAAACAUGGCUGCUCAAAAUAGAGAAACCGUUUGAAGUAUUUCCUUGCUCUAAGACACAAAAAGUUAUUUUGGCCACCUACACCCUAAAAGAUCAAGCCCGAAGAUGGUGGUUGUUAAUCCGAAAUAACAGUGGAAACAUGACAUGGACUCAAUUCAACGAGAUUUUCUACGACAAGUACUUUCCUCAGGGUUUCUGGGACCGAAGGGUGUCUGAAUUCCAAGAAAUGAAGCAAGGCAAGAUGUCCGUAGCUGAAUAUGAGGCUAAGUUUACUGAGUUAGCCAUAUUUGCUCCUCACAUGGUCGAUAUAGAUUAUAAAAAGGCUCGGAUAUUCGAAUGGAGGUUGGAUCUGGACAUGUUUGACAGAGUAGGCGUUUUGAAUGGCAGCAAUAAAACAAGCCAAAGCACCAAUAACAGAAUGAAGAGGAAAGAGGUCGGGGAAUAA